GCGACCCAGCCACACGUGCGUAGCGUCAACCGACCCACGCGGCGAAACGAUCGAACGCGGCUCCACCGAUAUAACAACAGUGACUCGAGAGGAACCCUCUCGUAAACCGACAAGAUUGCGUCGCAAGUGGAAAUGCCGUCAAGUCUGUUCGGAGAGCUGGGCGGCGGUGGGCUGGUGGAGGACCAGCGCGCCUUCCAGCUCGCGCUCGAGCUUAGCAUGCUGAACUUCGGAGAUGCGCUGCCGUCUUCGAACCCGCUGGCGAGCCCUCUUGGGUUCGCGCCGCCGCCCGACGACCGCGCCAAGAAAUCCCAGAACAUGACGGAGUGCGUGCCCGUGCCCUCCUCCGAGCACGUCGCGGAGAUCGUCGGCAGACAAGGAUGCAAGAUCAAAGCGCUGCGCGCGAAGACCAACACAUACAUAAAGACCCCGGUGCGUGGAGAGGAGCCCGUGUUCGUGGUUACGGGCCGCAAGGAGGAUGUCGCACGCGCCAAGCGCGAGAUCCUCUCCGCCGCCGAGCACUUCUCGCAGAUCCGCGCAUCGCGCAAGUGCGGCGCCGCACCGCCGCCGCCCGCCGGAGCGCCCGGCCACGUGACCGCGCAAGUGCGCGUUCCGUACCGCGUGGUGGGACUGGUUGUGGGCCCCAAGGGCGCCACCAUCAAGCGCAUCCAGCACACCACGCACACGUACAUCGUGACACCGUCGCGCGAGCGCGAGCCCGUGUUCGAGGUGACGGGGCUGCCCGAGAGCGUGGAGGCGGCGCGCAAAGAGAUCGAGGCACACAUCGCGCUGCGCACUGGGGCGGCGGGCGGCGCGGCCGGCGCGGGCGCGCUGGCGGGCGCGGAGGGCGAGCCGCUGGCGCAGCUGUACCGCGCGGGACUGGCUUCGCUGCUGCGGCCCGAGCAGGAGGCCGCCUUCUCGUCGGCCGGCUCGUGCUCGUCGGGCGGCUCGUCGGCCCGCCUGGGCGACCUGCUGGGGAUCUGGUCGUCCACGGAGCGCGACGAGGGGCUGGGAGAGUCGCCGUCGUUCGAGUCGCCGGGUGCGGGCGGCGUGUGGGCGUGGGGCCCGCCGCGCCCGUCGCCCGCCGCGUCGCCGGCGCGCACGUGCGCCGUGUGCGGCGAGCGUGGAGUGGCGGCGGCGCUGGUGCCGUGCGGCCACAACCUGUUCUGCCUGGAGUGCGCGCAGCGGCUGGCGGCGGCGGCACAGCCGUGCCCCGCCUGCGCGGCGCCCGCGCACCAGGCCAUCCGCAUCCUGUCGUAAGCGCGCGCUCUGCGCCGCUCCCGCCCACCGGGACUGACCUUUUUUACUUAAUCGUUACGAAAAUAUUAAAAAAAAAGUCGCGUAAUCGAAAUCCUGGUGCCAAAAGUCGGCGCCUCGCCGG